AUGACCGCGGUGAACGAAGUCGAGGAGGCGGUCAAGCGCAUCAACUCGCACAAGGGCGUCCUCGGCGUCCUCAUCAUCAACAACGAGGGGAUCCCGAUCAAGACGACGCUGGAGAACGCGGAGACGGUGCAGCACGCGGCGCUGAUCACGCACUUCGCGCGAAAGGCGCGCGCGGUGGUGACCGCGCUGGAUCCAACGAACGAGCUGACGUUUCUGCGCGUGCGGAGCAAGUCGCACGAGAUCAUGAUCGCGCCGGAUAAGGAUUACACCCUCGUCGUGCUACAGAACCCGGCGUGA